CACGAAUAGAAACCGAUGCCUCUAUUUACCGUGGCUCAGUUCCCUCACGUCUUCAACCUGGAAUGCCGAUGCAUUGCGUGAAGACCUACCGAGGACCACCAAUCGUUAGAACGAAAACUGCAGUCGGAGGACAAGGUGGGUCAGUUCAACUACUCAGUGACGCUGUGGUGGACCAGAUUAGGUCAGCAGAAUAUGCGGCAUUACCGAAAGGGAAAGGGUUUCUCUAGGUCUAUGAGUACAAUAACUUGCACCUCCCUAUAAUGGUCUUCUUUCCCGGUGAUUGCAAGUGCACACUUACAUCAUAUAGCGCUUCCGGGACACGCGUGCAGACGUGCAUAAAAUCAGUCAGGCGACGAGAGGAGUUGAUUUGCUGCGAAGAUGCUGUUUUCUUCAUCUUCUUUGUCCUCCACCUCCACUAUCAUUGUGGCGCAACAGACGAGGACGCUGGAUGACCUGCUCGGCUCCUGGGGAUCAUCAACCAGUCGCCGAGCGACGUCACGAACAUCGACUUCACGAAAUGGAUCGUCAUUUGUUUCUCCGCCAGCCACGACUAUCGAUGAAAUGUCUUUACUCUCGCGACGCUUACGAAUGUGCGGAGAGGGAGGAGUCUCUGGUGCAGCAGAAGAUGUUACUUCUAUUAAGGCUAGAAGAAAUCCAUCUUAGCCAGCAUCUUCGGUCCGUUUUCUAAGGGGAAACGGUCACUAAGAUGCUCCACAAGAUGGAUCUCUUCUAGCUCUAUUAAUUCUACAUCUGGUAGUAGCAGCACUCCCCCCAUUCCAAAAGCGGGAUUUCUUCAUGACGGAUUUUGUCGUUCCAACAAUAAGGAUGACAUUUGUAAGCACACUGUUUGCGCGCGAGGCAACGCGGCGUUUCUAAAGACUGAGUCGUCUAUUUGGCACGAGCGGACGGCAGACGGAGCGCCUAUUUCAGAUGCGUGGCGCUGUAUGUGUCCGCAUCGAAUCAGCGAGAUAAUGUUAUGUUGGGAAUUUGUACUGGUUUUAGUUGUACUACUAGAUGAUUCCUUUUUUUUUAUGUUUUGAAUCUUCACUGAAGCUGUCCACGCUUGAUGGUACAAGUUGCUUCUAGAUGGAACAAGCUACAUAAUUUAUGAAUUCGUUAGGUCUUUCUAGUCGGAGGCGGAUGGUCUCGUCGUUUCUAAUAUGAGAUCUAGAUGGUGGUGCGAGAAUACUGAUCGAUCGUGGUGCUUCUGCCCUUUCAAGCAGUAUGCAUGUGGAUCACGGUACUCUAUUGGCAGCAGCGAAACAUCGGAGAGUCCGCUUCACUCGUAGUCACGGCUCAUGCGGACAACAGGAUGUUAAAGGGAGUGAUGCAGGAGGAUCGGAAUCAACGGAGCGAGAUGCGGUGGAAGAGCGUGCUACCGCUCCAUCUUCUUCUAGCGCGACCACACGCGACGAAGGAGAAACGGGGGAGGGAGCUUCGAGCAGUGGCUUCAUCGGUGGCUUGUUUCUUACGGGUGUGGAUGCUGUGCUUAUGAAAGUUUUUCUAGAGGAAAUCUAGACCUGAAGUUGAAGUACUCUUGACUGGUGUGAUGGUGAUUUCAUCCUACUUCAAGUACUAAUAACUGGUGUGAAGAUGGUCGUGAUUUCAUCUUGUAGUUCCUUCAUAUUCUCUAAUAUCCGAGGUGUUACUUCCAGCGUUGGGGAUGCGGUCGAAAGUUUGGGCUCACUGACCAUUCACUAUUCGCAACCAUGGAAUUGGCUAGAAGUUCUUCCGUGGCGAUGGCUGUAGGCGAUGGCUCGGAUUGAUCACAGCCUCCUGGACCAAUACGGGAGCUUUUUCAUCUUGUUACAGCUUUUAC